UCCCAUUCCAUCACUUAAAACGUCCCUAUAAACCUCGAACAAAACCUCUGCUAUCUAUCUCUCUAUUCAAUUUCAUAUCUACCCCUCUCAAUGGCUUCUAAUUACCGUUUUACCAUCUUCCUCACUCUUCUCUUCGCCACCGCUGGCUUCUCCGCCGCCGCGUUGGUCGAGGAGCAGCCCCUUGUUCUCAAAUAUCACAACGGAGUUCUCUUGAAAGGUAACAUCACCGUCAAUCUCGUCUGGUACGGGAAAUUCACGCCGAUCCAGCGGUCCGUGAUCGUCGACUUCAUCCGCUCUCUCAACUCCAAAGACGCCGUCUCCUCCGCCGCAGCCCCUUCCGUGGCCUCGUGGUGGAAGACGACGGAGAAAUACAAAGGCGGAUCCUCAACGCUCGUCGUCGGGAAACAGCUUCUCCUCGAGAACUAUCCUCUCGGGAAAUCCCUGAAAAAUCCUUACCUCCGUGCUCUGUCCACCAAACUCAACGGCGGACUCCGUUCCAUAACCGUCGUUCUAACGGCGAAAGACGUUACAGUCGAAGGAUUCUGUAUGAACCGAUGCGGUACUCACGGAUCAUCCGGCUCGAAACCGCGUCGCGCGGCGAAUGGCGCGGCUUAUGUUUGGGUGGGGAACUCGGAGACGCUGUGCCCGGGAUACUGCGCGUGGCCGUUUCACCAACCUAUUUACGGACCACAAACGCCGCCGUUGGUCUCUCCUAACGGUGACGUUGGAGUUGACGGAAUGAUUAUAAACCUGGCCACGCUUCUCGCUAACACCGUCACGAACCCGUUUAACAACGGAUAUUUCCAAGGUCCACCAACUGCACCGCUUGAAGCUGUCUCAGCUUGUACUGGCAUAUUCGGGUCGGGUUCUUACCCGGGUUACGCGGGUCGGGUGAUUGUCGACAAAACAACCGGGUCUAGUUACAACGCCCGUGGACUUGCCGGUAGGAAGUAUCUAUUGCCGGCGAUGUGGGAUCCGCAGACUUCGACGUGCAAGACCAUGGUUUGAUCCAAGGGAUGUAAGAAUGACACGUGGCAUAGUAUCGAGAGCUAUGACGAGAUCUAGAUGGCAUCUGUAGUCGAAAAACAUGCUGCACGCGCGUGUGUGUAUAAAAAUCUCUCGGGUUUGGAUCUCGGGUUUGGAUUGUGGAUAGGGCUCACUCUCUCUCUCUCUCUAUCUUUGCUUUUGUCGUUUUGUUGUGACGUGUAAAAAAGGUGCUUCGGAAAUAUGCAUAUAAAAAUAAAAACAAAUGAUUUUGUUUUCAACUUUAUUUA